CUUUACGCAGCUCAGAGCGGGUCCCUGAACGUCUCAGUGUGACGGGAGUUCACAUCUCGCGAGACUACGCCGCCCCUGCGACCGCGCUGUUGGGUGUUGUUGACCUCAUCUUGGUGCAGAUCUCGCGAUGUUUGGCGGCUGACGGCGCUGGGCUGUGUUCGGAGGGGGCGGGGUGCAGCAGGAGGGAGCAGAGAUGUUUGGAGGCUUUUUAAUAUAAAAUUAUUUAUUUAAAUAAAAAUGGCCGCCGUGGAGAGCGGAGAGGAGAGACUGGAGGAGGGUGAGGAGGGACCUGUCGAACCCCAGCCGCCCUCCAGAGAGAGAGACAGGUCCCACAGUAAGUCCAAGAAGGCCCGCAGGGAGCGUCGCCAUGCCGACCGGGGGGCGGAUACCACAGCUGUGCCUCAGUCACAGACGGGGGCGGAGCCACAGACCCAGGCGUCAGAGCCGGUGGCGGGGCCCUCAGAGCCGGGGUCCGAGUCGGCGGCGGUUAGUGAGUCUGCAGGUUCUCCCAGGCAGCGGCGCUCCGUCAUACGGGACCGCGGGCCGCUGUACGACGACCCGUCACUGCCUGAAGGCUGGACCCGCAAACUCAAACAGAGGAAGUCCGGACGCUCAGCGGGGAAGUUUGACGUCUACCUGAUCAACUCAGAGGGAAAAGCGUUUCGUUCCAAGGUCGAGCUUAUCGCUUACUUCCAGAAGGUCGGUGACACGACAACCGACCCCAACGAUUUUGAUUUCACUGUCACCGGACGUGGAAGCCCCUCUCGCCGCGAGAAGCGUCCCCCCAAGAAAGCCAAGGUGGUGAAACCAUCGGGACGAGGCCGGGGAGGCCCAAAAGGCAGUGGGAAGAUGCGGCAGGCUACGGAGGGCGUGGCCAUGAAACGUGUGGUUGAGAAAACUCCGGGCAAACUGCUGGUCAAGAUGCCCUUCAGCAAGGCAGAGUCCUCGACUGGCCCCACCUCCACUGCCUCAAAGAUGGUAUCUCCUGCUCCAGUGCCCAAGUCUCGUCCAGGCAGGAAGAGGAAAUCGGAACAGGAACUUCCGGCUCCACCACAGACCACCCCCAAGAAACGGGGCAGGAAACCAGCCUCAGCCUCAGCAGAAUCAUCGGUUGCCAUGGCAUCCACCUCCACGGCAUCCACCUCCACGGCAUCAACCUCAACCGCUGGGAGCUACGCUGCCGCUGCCAUGUUGGCUGCAGAGGCCAAACGGAGAGCAGCCAAGGAGUCUUCCACCAAACUCUUCGUCCAGGAAACAGCCCUGCCAAUCAAGAAACGUAAAACGAGAGAGACAGUGGAGGAGAUGGAAAGGGUUCAGCCUCCCGCCACUACAACAGCUGAGACUGAGAGAAGGGUCACUGAUGAGGGGGAGGCAGAUAAAGGGGAGGGAGCUCCCACCCCAGAACCUCAGCCCGCCCCCUCUGAGCAGAGCCAAUCACAAUCACAGAAGCAGCCCACUGCUUCGGAUGAAAGCCAACCACACGGACACAAGGCGCAUAAAGGGAGGAAGCACAAGGAGAAAACGGGAGUAGCAGCAGGAGAAGGAAGGAGCAGAGGAGAGGAAGUAGAAGAGGACGUCAGUGAUAAGGGAGGAGGAGGAAGAAGUAGCAGCAGCAGCAGUAGCAUCAGCCCAUCAAAAAGCCACAAAAGGAAGGACCGGCCACCUCACAAACACCACCAUCACCACCACCACCAUCAUCAUCAUCAUCGCCACCAACAUUCCUCUGCCUCCACAUUGGAUCAGCCUCCUCCUCAUCCUCCAGACUCCGGACCUCCAGAACCCUCGAGCCAGUCCAGGCCUGAUGCCAAGCCCCAGACUGUUUCUCAACUAACCACCCAACAAUUGCAGAAGACCCAGCAAGCUCCCCCCAGACCACAAUCCAAGUCAACCCCUCAGACCCCGCCUGAACCUCCGCAUCCCCCCUCAACCACGGCACCAACCCCAACCCCGUUCCCAGCAGCAUCCCCAGACUCCCAGUCAGCCCCAAGCCCAGCCUCGGUACCCAGCACCACAGCCCUCUCUUACUCGGCAUGUCUUGCCCCAGCCAAGGACCCAACAACAACCCCCACCCCAAACCCAGAGUCAGACCCAGGCCUCCCCUCAGAAAGCCCAGCCUGUCCACUUGCCUGCCCAGCAUCACACCCAGCUUCAGGCCCAGCAUGCUCCACCUCAGUCACACCCUCCUCAGUCCCCAUCCAGCCUGCACAUUCACCCGCCCCAAACAAGGCAUCCACAAGCCCAGUCCCCCACAGUACUCCAACCUCAGCCCCAGCCCCGGCAGUCAGUGCAGCCUCAACUCCACGCCCAGUCCAGGACCCCAGCCCUACUUCAGAAUCAACUGCAGCUCAGAUCCCCUCCCCAAAUGCAGACUCAAGCCCAGCCCUCGACCCCAGCACAACCUGCGCCACAAACCCAGUCCAGGUCCCCAGCCCAAACUCAGCAUCAACACCACUCCAGGACCCAACCUUAACGCAGCAUCAACUCCACUCCAGGACCCCGGCCCAAACUCAGCAUCAACCCCAGUCCAGGACCUCAGCCCAAACUCAGCAUGAAAACCAGUCCAGGACCCCAGCCCAACCUCAUCAUCACCAACAGUCCAGAUCCGCAGCUCAUACUCCACCUCAACCCCAGUCCCGGACCCCGGCCCAAACUCAACCUCUGCAACCCAGGCAUCCAGUGCAGCCCCAACCACAGACUCAAUACAGACCACAACCCAGACAGUCUCUCUCCCAGCCUAGGCCACCCCAGUCCCAAGCACAACCACAUGUUCAGCGGAUUCAAACACAGCCACGCCCCCAGACCCACCCUCAGCUCACCAGGCCCCAUGUUCAGCCCCUCUCAUCCCACCGACCCAGGACCAACCUGGGCGCGACUCAACAGAACCAGAGCGAACAGCCCCAAGAUCUGAGCACCACGCGGGCCGGCCGAGGAAGCCUGCUGCAGAGCCGGGAGGUCGUCGUGGAGGGCCUCAGGGCGGAGGGGAGAGGGGAGUCGGCCGUGACAUCAGACAGCAGAGAGGUUUUAGGAGUAGAAAGGGGGUCCAACAGCACCUUGAGGCCUCCCAGCUCCACGCCCUCCGGACCUCCAGGAGCAGCCGGGGUCGGUCUGGUUCCUGGGACGGAUGGUAGGGAGCUCAGAGACAUCGUCCCCCAGUCCGCCGUCCCCUGUCCCAGCCGAGAGGAGACCGUAGAGUCACGGACUGCCGUCAGCGAAAGAGUCAGCUGAUCGGUCGGCUGAUGAACUGACUGAUUGGUAGACUGACGGGUCAGCACCGAGUAGAAGAGGAGCGUGACUGUUCAUGGAGGUGGAAUGAUUUUACACUGUUUUCAGAUGGAAGGAUAACUCACAGAGCUGGAGGACUGAAGCAGCUUCUACUCCGUCUGGUGGAGUCUGGAGACUCUGAGGACAGCGUGAGAGGAGGACGGUGUCUUUUUCUAGGAAAACAAAGAGGAAAAACGAUAAAAAAGUGUGUGUAUAUAAUCAAAAGGCAGCUGUUGUGUCCCGCUAGUCUCCGAGGGGAGGGGGGAGUAGUUUGGAACUAAAAACGCUUAACAACACAUUACUCUGAACGAAACGUUGCUUCCGGAAUAUAACCCCUUUUUGUUUUUAGUUUAUUCCGUAUUUUGAUAGUUUAUUGUUUCGUCUCUGUUAAACAGCUUUAAACUCUGAUAUUAUUGACUGACUCAUCGCCGUGCUGCUGACUGACGGUCCUUUAGUUUAAGUCCAGUUCUCACUGACGGUCUCUCACCAACGCUGGGUUCACACCGGACCUGGAACCCCACGACUUACAGGAGCGCUGCUUAUGGGCGCCAAUGUAAACCAAUCUGAUUUUCAGACUGACGGACAGACGGACACACUAAAACAGACACACUGUUUUAGUGUGUCCGUGACUCGUCUUCGUGUCUCGGUGUUUCUGUCCCGUGUGAACCCGCUGAGAGACUCGUCCUCCUGACAGAAACUAGUCCUGGAGCCUCAGAGGUGAUGUGGGGCGGUGGUUUAGACCUUAAACUGGUUUCUUACAGACCUCCUGUGUCUUUUGGUCCCCAUGAAGCAGUGGACAGAGACGGAGGUCUGUAACGUUUCCAUCCUCUUCCAGACUGAGCCGAGUCCUCUCAUCCAUCACCUCACUCUGAAGUCUUUGAAUCUGUUUCAGACGCAGCCAGUUGUUCUUCCAGUUAGAGAUUCUUCCAUUCUGGUCUUCAUUGAAUCUGUUUCUGUUUCCAAAGGAAGCACCUUUACUGUCAAACCAAACCCUGUUCUACAGGAGCUUUAUUUCAGUCUGUAGAGGUCCAGAGGCAGACGGAUUCAUUUUUAUUGUCCUUGUGUUGAAUGUCUGGAACAGUUUGCACUCCUCCAGUUUGUACAAUCAACCGCCUGCAUGUCGCUCAGACCCUGCAGGCCUUCGACCGCUCGUACGCAGAGGACCACCUCCCGGGUUCAGGAGGGGACGUAAAACCCUGAACGAGGUCCGGUUCAGGUUCAGGUGGACUCGCAACACAAAACCAUCCAGAAACCAGAAAACCAGUUCAGAGACGUGAGGUCCUUAGAGCUCUAUAUGAAAUACACAUGGUUGGGUUGGUGAACGUGAGAUCAUGAGCAGGUGUCACCGGAGAACAAACGAGGCAUUCAGGUUCAACUAAAAGGAGUCAGAUAUUUAAAGUCCCAGUGAAAGAGAACUUAGUGUUCAUGUUCUGUGCCGUGAAACUGAAUAUGUGAGAGGUGAACAGGUACAAGAGGCUUUAAAUCAAAUCUUUCUCAUUGAUUGGACUGCUGAGAAGGGGGCGGGCUUUUAGCGGCCUAAAGAGGCUAAGUCCUGCCCCUUCCAAAGGGACCUGAUUUAGGAAAAAUGACGUACGGUAGUCAAUGUUUAAAUUGUGCCAUGAAUUACACAGAUUAUGUUUUUACAUUUAGAAGUUCAAAGUUAGUCUUAGACUAAUUAAGUUUAAUGUUAAAUGAACAGUGAACAUCCUAUAGCUUAGUUAGCUUAGCUAGCUAACUUAGCUAACUAAGCUUUGUUCCAAAUGUAACGUUAUCUUACUGAUGAGUUUUAUCAGGAAGAGAAAAAACAUGUUGGUAUCAAACACACUGAAGGCGUGUCCUCUUAAUGACGUAUGUUCAGUUUUAAUUAAUGUACAAACAUCAGGUGUUUAGUUCACGGCCCAAUUCCAACGGGACCAAACCAACUAUAUGUCUCUACAUGUUGACUUCUGGACAUAUUCAUUCCCCUGGUGGUUGACAGGAAGGGGCGGGGCUUCAGCUCUCUGGACUGUUGUCUCCACACACAUAGUGGGAUCAGGAGGAGGACGAGGGACAGACGAGUUAAAGAGCGAGACGUCGUCCACGUAGUUUUGUCCUCUGACGUCCAAACACUCGUCUCUACCUGUCCCUCCAUGUUGUUCUGUUAGCUGCUAACCUUUUAUAGCUCGUCUUAAAUCUGAACACCUAUUUUUCAUUCACUGGGUCUUUAGAGGGUUUCUGAGAUUCAGACCAGUUGAAGCUGAAAGUCAGAUAGUUAAUGAGACGUGUUAUAAGAUGUGGACGCCAGAGCUUCGGGCUCUGCUUCCUGGUUCCACUGCACAUGCUCAGUAGAGCCCCCCCCCCCCCGCUGACACGUCUAUGCAAACUGGUUUCCUGGUUUUCUGAACUUCAGAUCAGUAGAAAUGAUGUCUUCUCACCCAGUGUGACCUCAAAGUGAACAUGAACCAGGUCCAGGUCCAGGAUCCAGAGAGACUACAGAGUCCACAUCCGGAGCCUGCAGCACUUUAACAAAGACGUGGACCAGAAACCAUCCAAUCAGUGAAUGUUGAUAAAUGUGCCUCGUCCUCUCACCUGGAGACAGGUGAUGUGGUCCGUAUCCCCCCCCUGCGUACUCGUCCCGGUCCAUCCGGUCAGCAUGCUGUCUGUCACACAGCUGCAUAAAUCCAACGCCCCUCUGCGCCCCACCCACCGGACCGGCAGCCUCCAGUAACCAGCCGCCAUCUUGCAUGUCUCAGAGUUUAGUGCCUAUAAUAUUGUGCGUCUUGCCAGAAGCCACCAUGUGGGCGGAGCCAUGUUGUGUUCUAGACGUAGCGUGCCGUGUGGUGACUUCAUAGCUGCUGAUGUUGAGGAUCAAUAUUCUGCUUUUACUCCGGUCCGAUCCGUGAAUCUUCAAAUACACUGUCGCUGUAGACAAAACUAGUUUUUACCUGUUUUCUUAUUUUUCUUUCUAACUAAAAGCGUUUGUGUCCCCGACUCGUGUUCGCCUGGUCCUUCUGUCUGCACCUCACUGAACCAGUACUUCUACUGGUACUUCUACUGGUACAACCUCAGAGUACUUCUACUGGUACUUCUACUGGUACAACCUCAGAGUACUUCUACUGGUACUUCUACUGGU